CCCCCGAAUCGGACUUUCAUCUCCAGCUUCGUCGUCGUCGUCGCGAUCAGCUCCACGGACAAGAUAGAGAAAACAGAAAGAGAUAUUCACGCUGGUUCCCAUCGAGACUUAUACUCUCGAAGGAUUCUGUGAGGCUCCGUGAGUCUGCUGUGUGGGCUGGAAAGGUUCAGGACAAAAGAGACAGCCGGGUAUAUAUAACUCGCGAUGGAGUCCCCACCCGGCACGCCAUUACUCGAGGAAGACGAGGAGGCUGUGCCGUGCAAAGGAUGUAACAACGUUCUGGAAGAGGGAAAAGCGUUCGAGCUCGCUGGUAAUCGCUGGCACAUAGAAUGUUUCCGGUGUAAUAGCUGUGGCACAUUACUCGAUUCCGACGCCAACCUUCUACUGCUCGGAGAUGGAUCCCUCAUCUGCAACAGCUGUACCUACAGCUGCACCGCUUGCGGCAACAAGAUCGAAGAUCUCGCGAUCCUUACCGGAGACCAGGCGUUCUGUGCGGGCUGCUUCAGAUGUCGGAAUUGCAAGCGCAAGAUCGAGAAUCUGAAAUAUGCGCGGACAUCGCAGGGAAUCUUCUGUAUGACCUGCCACGAAAUAUUGAUGGCGCGGCGAAAGAAACGUCCAAAACCGACCAUGACCCAGACCCAGAGGCCAACGCCGUCAGUGUCGCCGAUGUUGGCCCUGGACAAGGCACUUCCUUCCGUCCCGCCGCCACAAGACGAUGACCCCGUGGAGCUACCCGUCAACAUACCUCGUUCCGAGCUGGCGGCCAAUCCAGCCCCUCGCCCCUCGACCAGCCGGACUAACUCGUCGAGAACCAAUCCCACACCUGACCAGCUGUCGCCGAUGGCAUUUCAGCCUUCUGGGGAUCAUCUCCGUACGCCUAGGACGAACAAGCGUCACUCGCAGAUGUCACUCGAUAUGCUUCAGGGAGCGCAGGACUACUCGUUUAUACCUCUCGUCCUCGAUAACUCUCCCGGCCACACUCCCGGCCACACCCCCGGCCACACCCCCGGGCACACUCCAGCUCAACUUCCAAGCACCUCUUACAGCAGGUCGAACGUGCUCGAUCGGGGGCCGCAUCAUGACCGGGCAGAGCUUCCUAGGCAGGAGCGGAAAUCGUCUACGGACACGUCACACUAUGAGAUGCGCGGCUCAAUACCGCACAUUGCCACGCAGGACAAGAGCUACGAACUCCCGGUUGCAAUGGACAGGAGGGACAUCCCCCGGAUCUCCCAUGACUACGAAAGGCCUUCAGAUAUUAAGCAGAUCUCCCGCUCCGAUUCUUCGCUCAAUAAGUCGGAUGCGCAGGCUCCAAAGAUCGAAAUUAACACGAAUUCCAGCGGCUUCAAGCUUGGGGAGGUACCGAGGGAGAGGAAGAGGUCGAUUGGCAAUCUUAGAUCUCCCGAACUCGAUGAACUGCAAGAAAAGUUCAGGGCUAUAACCUCCUCGAGGCCUGUCAGUUCACAGACCACGUCUUCACAGAAAACGCUUGAUGCGGCUUCUCUGCCUCCUCGGGGGGAUUCAUUCCGACCGCCAGUGUCGCGGAAAGAAGUCCCAGCCCCCGUAAGAGGCAAAUCCUUCGAUUCGACUCUCACUCCAUUGUCUCCAGGUCGUUCGUUACAUAGCCAGGCCGCAUCGAGUUCGUCUACCAUGACAGCGGUCGAGUUGCCAGGAGAUGACAGCAGUGUGGGAACCAGAAGGGAUGGAUCAUCCCCACCGCAGCGACCUUCGACCGCCCAGGAUAGUGGCUUCAGUCCGUCCCAUAACUCGGAAUCGGAAAUGUCACCAUCCCUCCCUCCACUCAACAAGUCGUCCAUGGCUGGACUAGGAUUCGAUGACGAACUUAAAAGGGUAUUUGGCGGUGGCUCCAGUGAUCCAGGCCUCAGGAGGGUUUCUAACGCGGUAAAGCAUGGGAGGAGUCUUAGUGAAGCAGCCAGGUCGCCAUAUUCCCCCGGAGCCGGACUGCAAUACGGAGAAUCGCCGGAAACUAGAGACGACGUGACAACCCUUAAGCAGGAACUACGGCGCUCGACCCAGCGCAUCGUCGAAUUGGAGGCCAAACUCAAUAACAAUGUGUCGGCCAAGGCACUGGAACACAACAUCCAGGAGAAGCGGAAUACUGUUGCCCUGCUAGAAACGGAGAGAGAGGCCUUCUUGCGCGAGUUGAUGGUGAUCAAGGAGAGACUGGAUGCUUCCAAGGAGGGCAAACCCGUCAACUUUGACGAAUUAAAAUCGGAUCUUAUCCGCGGCUUGACCGUGGAGCUGGAAAGUCUUAAGGAGACCUUGAGGUCUGACAUCCAGGCUCUGGUGUCUCAGCGGGACCAAUUGUUGGACGAUGUUGAGAACUUUGGCCGCCUGCGUGAACAAGCCAUCCAGGAAACCGAGCAACUCAACAUGAAGAAUGCGCAGUUGGCAGACCUCAAUAACGAGCUAACCCGACGUAUCCAAGGCCAGUUCCAAGCCAAUAAGGUUCCCGGUCUUGGGAUCUACGAUGGGACCAGUAUCGACGCGUUGGAUAUAAAGGACUUGGACAAGCGGGCGACACCGGCAGCUCCCACGCCUUCCUUGGCAACCAUCGGCGUGCCGUACAGCGAGACCUCGGAGGGUCCCGAAGUAUUUGUAGCGCAAAAGGUUUCCACGUUUAAGAAUGGUGCCCAGCAAAAGAAGUUCUUCUGGAAGAAACCCGGUGCCACGAUCAUGAAGGGUGCCAACAAGAUCAAUAGGGUCUUCACUGCGGACCAGGAGGCUACAAAUGGAUACGAUUCUUCCAGCAUGAAGUCGCACGGGGGGAUAGGAGGGACGGAGAAACUUUUUGGUGGUGGGCAGAAGAAGUGGGGCAAAAACCACAAGGCCGGUUCUGCCAACGGGAAUGGGGGCCCCCAGGAGGACGGACAUGUGGCCAUUUUUGGAGGCGAUCUUGGAGCACGAACAGCGUUUGAGGAUGCCAAAAUACCGAUCAUCGUCCAGAAAUGCAUCCAGGAGGUGGAGAUGCGCGGCAUGGACUAUGAGGGUAUCUACCGGAAGUCGGGCGGCACGACUCAGAUGCGACAGAUUCAGGACGAGUUUGAGCGCGGAGACGAUGUGCAAUUCAGUCCGGAUCUCGAUAUCUGCAGUGUCACCAGUGUUCUGAAGCAGUACCUUCGUAACCUACCAAAUCCGCUCAUCACGUACGAGGUCUACGACCGGUUUAUUGAAACGAGCAACAUAUACGAAGAGGAUAAACGCGUGGAAGCCCUCAAGGGUAUCACAGAAGAUCUGCCGCCGGCACAUCGUGACGUGCUACAGUUCAUCAUAUUCCAUCUGGCCAGGGUUGCUGCCAGAAAAGAAGAGAAUCUGAUGAACACACGCAACCUCGCAGUCGUGUUUGCGCCCACCUUACUCCGACAUCUCUCGGACGAGCGGGAGAUGUCUGACAUGCACACAAAGAACAACGCCGUGCAAUUCCUGAUCGAUUACAAUGAAGCAAUUUUCUAGCAGCUUCGUUUUGGACUUUAUGAUUUUUUGGGGCGGGAGGUGUAGUGCCAGGGUGAGGCGUUUUCUUCGACUUCUUUUUCUGUAUAAUGAUUUUUCUUCUUCUUCCGGUGUUUGUGUAUCCCCUCCAGUUGUU